GCUGUCCCCAGCCCUGUUGUAGCCAACGACUCUAUAUAUCCACCUGCACAGUUACCCAUUGUUCGUGAAUAAACUUUUCUGCACGAUCAAUUCUUCACAUUGUCCUCUCAUAAUAGUCCUCUGCAUUGUUCCACCGAGAAAUAAACUCUUCAAUAUUCGCACGCGACACCAGAGAUCUGAUCUGAACCUUCUCUGCCUCACACCAUGUCCCUCAAGCGCAAGGCCUCGGUUCCCAGUCUCACAUCGCCCAAUCCUGCUCCUGUGUUGUCAGGACGAUUAUUCGUGGCAGAUGACUCCCCAAAGCACCUCCACAGUCGCACCCGCAAGCGCUUCAGGAACGAUCGCCCGGAUGACGAAGUAGUCUAUGACAAUACAAUGCGAUGGCUUUUUACGGCUCAGCAACAACAACACCAAGCUCCUACUCCUUCCACAGACGAGGACGAGGCAACUGAGCCAGAACCUGUACCAGCGUCCGAGAUCGUCGACCCUCGCCAGCAGACAUUGCUCAAGUUCUUCCGCCCUUCCCAAUCUACGCCCGCCCACAACCGCUUGAACAAGCUGGAUCAACCAUCGAACAAUGCUAUACCACUGCAAACAACACCAUUUCAAUCGCGUACCCUUAAUCUGUCCUCGCCAGCUACUUCGACGGGAUGGGGUACGAGUAGCCCACCUUCGCAGCUGACAGGCAGCGAUAUGGACAUGGACACAGUAACCAACGAGUCAGUCCAAGAGCCUCUGAGACCAUUCGGAGGGUUUGGUUGGGCAUGACGAGUGCUCGGCCAUGUCUGGGGUGCAUUUCACCCACAGCGUGCGAUAUCAACGACAUCAGUUCUUUUAGCGAUGAUACCUUGAUCCACUUUAUCAUAAUAUUAUAUUCGCGCGGAUCAAUGUGCUGGUCAUAUUGGUAGCGUCGUGACACCGUCACUUGAUAUAUGUUGCAAAAUCCAUCCAUCUGCAUGUCUUCCUCAAAUGGAGACAUGAACGAAAGCAGCCCGGAACCUGCUUCUCUCGCCCAAAACGGCUGCCAAGGUACUCGAGUUGAAUUCGAGUCAACCCGAGCUGCCUUGGCGACUGAGUUGCAGAGUUACAGACGAAACGAUGUAUAUAGUUUUCAAGAUGUGUUGAGGAUCGUUAUACUACAAUAUUUUGAGCGAUGCAAACAAUAAAU